AUGAUAUAUUUUGCUGUGUUUCUUGUGGGGUGUACCUUGAGCUUGAUUAUUCUGGGGGGCAUCAUCUUUUGGUUUGUUCUGAGGAGGAGAAACAAGAAUCACAGCCAUGGAAGUGACGCGGAUUCUGACUCCUCCAUAAGUACAAAUCUUGAGAGAGGAGCGUUGCCUAGAAAAUUUUCUUACAUUGAACUAGCUGCAGGCACCAAUGGUUUUGCAAAUGAUAUGAGGCUAGGUCAGGGAGGGUCUGGCCAAGUCUACAAAGGAAGCUUGAGAGGCCUAGGCCGCCCGGUUGCCGUGAAGAGAAUCUUCACUGAAUCCAAACACUCCGAGUCUCUAUUCAUCAAUGAGGUGAAGAUAAUAAGCCGUUUAAUACAUCGAAACCUGGUUCAGUUCAUUGGUUGGUGUCAUGAGCAACGCGAAUUCUUGCUUGUUUAUGAGUACAUGCCUAAUUGCAGUCUGGACAAUCAUCUCUUUGGCCAUGGAGAAAUCCUCCCAUGGAAUGCGAGAUACAAGAUAGCUCUAGGCUUGGCCUUAGCCCUUCAUUAUCUCCAUGAAGAGGCAGAGAAGUACUGUGUCCUUCACAGAGACAUCAAAUCAGCUAAUGUACUGUUGGACACAGAUUUCAGCACCAAGCUUGGUGAUUUUGGGGUUGCUGAGCUGGUCGACCCCCAGUCGAGGACUCAUACAACCGGUGUGGUAGGGACUUACGGCUACUUGGCCCCAGAAUAUGCAAAUGAAGGGAGGGCCAGUAAAGAAUCAGACAUGUUCAGUUUUGGAGUGGUGGCUUUGGAGAUUGCAUGUGGGAGGAUGACUUUCCAUGAUGGGGAAUAUCAUGUGUCACUAGUGACAUGGGUUUGGGAGCUCUACCUUGCAGGGGAUAUUCUCCAAGCAGCUGAUGAGAGACUCUGCACGAGCUUUUCCGAGGAAGAGAUGAGAUGCUUGUUGAUUGUAGGGUUGUGGUGCACUAACCCAAACUACAGGGAAAGGCCAAAGGCAGGGCAGGUAAUUAAAGUCCUUCAGCUUGAAGCAGUGUUGCCGGAGCUUCCACUGGACAUGCAUGAUCCUGUGCUUCAUCCACUCCUUCGAAACAAAGGGGCAAGUGAUUCCUUUCGACCAUCCAUUACCUCAAGUCUCAAAGAUCAUGGGCGGUAA